GGCUCGCUCUCCCUCUCCGAAAUCUUGGAUAGAGCUGGGAUUAAUUCGAGCUCUCUUGCCUGAAAGAGAUGUUCCGUUUAAAAUUCCCAAUCCCGAAGGCUUAUUGGAGUUUGGUUCUAGGGAUGGCACCCAUGGAGCCUGAGGCCGCCCUGGCCCGCUGGUGAGGUGCCCCCCACCUCCCACCCUGAGCCCCCUGCCCAGAGCACGAUGAACAAGCUGCCCUUCCACAACAACAGAGUCAUGCAGGACCGGCGCAGCGUGUGCAUCUUCCUCCCCAACGACGACUCCCUCAACAUCAUCAUCAACGUGAAGAUUUUGUGCCAAGAGUUACUGGUGCAGGUGUGUGACCUCCUGAGGCUGAAGGAUUGUCACCUCUUCGGGCUCAGCGUCAUCCAGAACAAUGAGCAUGUGUACAUGGACCUGGCCCAGAAACUCUACAAGUACUGCCCCAAGGAGUGGAAGAAGGAGGCCAGCAAGGUCAGCGGUGAGGUCUUGCAUGGAGAGCUGACGGCAGUAAGGCCACCUCUGUCCCCAUCACAGGGCAUCGACCAGUUUGGGCCCCCAAUGAUCAUCCACUUCCGAGUGCAGUACUACGUGGAGAACGGGCGGCUCAUCAGUGACAGGACAGCUCGGUACUACUACUACUGGCACCUGAGGAAGCAGGUGCUGCACUCCCAGUGUGUGCUGAGGGAAGAAGCUUAUUUCCUGCUCACUGCCUUCGCCCUCCAAGCCGACCUGGGGGACUUCAAGAGGAACAAGCACUAUGGGAAAUACUUUGAGCCUGAGGCUUAUUUCCCUGCCUGGGUGGUGGCCAAGAGGGGCAGGGAUUACAUCCUGAAGCACGUGCCCAACAUGCACAAGGACCAGUUUGCCCUGACAGCCUCAGAAGCCCAUCUCAAGUACAUCAAGGAGGCUGUCAGGCUGGAUGAUGUGGCUGUGCACUACUACAGGUUGUACAAGGACAAAAGGGAAGUGGAAGCCUCCCUGACUCUGGGGCUGACAACACGAGGCAUCCAGAUUUUCCAGAACCUGGAUGAGGAAAAGCAGCUGCUCUACGACUUCCCCUGGACAAACGUGGGGAAACUGGUUUUUGUGGGUAAGAAGUUCGAGAUCCUGCCGGACGGGCUGCCCUCGGCGCGGAAGCUCAUCUACUACACGGGCUGCCCGCUGCGCUCGCGCCACCUCCUGCAGCUGCUGAGCAGCAGCCACCGGCUCUACAUGAACCUGCAGCCCGUGCUGCGCCAGGUGCGCAGGCUGGAGGAGAACGAGGAGAAGAAGCAGUACCGGGAGUCCUACAUCAGCGACACGCUGGACCUGGACAUGGAGCAGCUGGAGAAACGCUCGCGCGCCAGCGGCAGCAGCGCCGGCAGCAUCCGGCACAAGCGCCUCUCCCGGCACUCCACGGCCUCCCACAGCAGCUCCCACACCUCUGGCAUCGAGGCUGACCCCAAACCCCGGGAGAUGGGGCCCGAGGAUGGGUUCUCUGGCGCCGGUGCCCACCGCAAGCUGAAGACCUGCAGCUCCAUGACCAGCCACGGCAGCUCGCACACGUCCGGCGUGGAGAGCGGCGGCAAGGAGCGGCUGGAGGAGGAUUCCCAGGAUGAUGAAAUCGAGAUGCUGGUGGAUGACCCCCGGGAGCUGGAGCAGGCGGGGGAGAUGGAGGUGAGCCCCGACAUGUGCGUCUACAUCACCGAGGACAUGCUGCUGUCCCGCAAGUUCAACGGGCACUCGGGACUCAUCGUGAAGGAGAUCAGCUCCUCCACCUCCAGCUCCUCAGAGACGGUGGUGAAGCUGCGUGGGCAGAGCACCGACUCCUUACCCCAGACGUCCUGCAGGAAACCCAAGACGUCCACAGACCGGCACAGCCUGAGCCUGGAUGACAUCAGGCUCUACCAGAAGGACUUUUUGCAGUUGGCCAACCUGUGCCAGGACACGGCGCAGAGCUUCACCUUCGGCUGCGCCCACGGCCUGGACGAGGACGGGCUCUACUGCAACGGCUGCCUGGCCCAGCAGUGCAUCAACAUCCAGGACACCUUCCCUGUGAAAAGAACCAGCAAAUAUUUCUCCUUGGAUCUGACCCACGACGAAGUCCCCGAGUUCGUGGUGUGAGCGUGGGGAGGCUCGGGCGCCGCCUUCCCCCAGCCCUGCCAACCGUGGGGACCGUGGUGCUGGAGGAUUGUCCAGAUAAAGAGGGGGGAAAUGGGGAUCCCCGGGCAUGGAGUGCAUUCCAGAGGAGUUUGUACCAAACACAAGUUGUCUUAUUGCCACUGGGAGGAGCACAGCUCGGCUGGAGCCGGCAGGAGCCCACCCGCGUUCCCUCGUGGCGAGGUGGCCUCUCCCCCUCUUGCCCCCACGGUGACUCUGGGGUGGCUGGAAAGUGCCAGACUGUCUGUUCAAGCCAAGCCAAAGAAAUGUAAAUAACCCUAAAGGCCAGUAUGGGAAGGGAGAAUUAAGCAAUAACCAGCCAGGGAUCUCCAGGCACCGUGAUGUUCCAUGGAGGAAGGCGUGGCCAGCAGCUCCUGGGGCAGAGCAUGAUCCCACUUUUUCCAAAAAACAAAUGCUGGAGGUCAGACCACAGCAGUCCCAGCCAGGUGGAUGAUGACUGGAAGCUCUCAGAGCCAUUUGCAACUUGUUUUUAUCUUUUUCUUUUUUUUUUUUUUUUUUGAGGGCAAAACCCCAAAACCAAAAAAAAGAACC